GUGGUUGAGUUCACAACAAGAUACCGUACAUUAACGUAUACCGCUUAUACCACGUCCUCAUGACAUUUUUUCAUAACCUCGAAUACGCACCUAAACAAAUUAUUCUCUUCUUCGAUUCUAGUUUACGUCUCCGGUGUGUGCGGAUUUUCAUCCAAGAUGAGGACCAUAAACGCCAACCAAUCAGUAAAAAUCCCCGAAGGCAUUGAUGUCACGGUCAACAAGAGGAUCAUCGUUGUCAAAGGCCCCCGUGGUUCAUUAGAGAGGAAUUUCAAACAUUUAGCUGUUGAUAUUUACCUCAAAGGACCACGUUUGUUAACUGUGGAAAAAUGGUUUGGCACCAAGAAAGAAUUGGCUGCCGUCAGAACCAUUUGCACUCACGUUGAAAAUAUGAUCAAGGGUGUCACCAAAGGUUUCUUAUAUAAAAUGAGAGCCGUAUAUGCCCAUUUCCCCAUCAAUUGUGUAACUUCUGAAAACAAUUCACUUAUUGAAAUCAGAAAUUUCUUGGGUGAAAAAUAUAUCAGACGUGUCAAGAUGUCGCCAGGUGUCACCAUAACCAACUCUAAACAAAAAGACGAGUUAAUUGUAGAAGGAAAUGACAUUGAAAAAGUUUCUAGAUCAGCUGCUUUAAUCCAACAGUCUACAACCGUGAAGAACAAGGAUAUCCGUAAGUUCUUGGAUGGUUUAUAUGUAUCUGAAAAGACAACAGUUGUACAAGAGGAAUAAAAAUUGAUUAUUUCAUAUGUUUAA